UAGCACAGAGAUGUGUUAAAAACGCUCCCGUGUGUCUCCUUCAGUGAAGCUGUUCAGGUUUGUCUGUUUUGCUUGGUGUAAAUCCUCCUGCGCCGAGGCUGAAGUCUCCUAUUUCACUACUGGAUCAACAUCACAAGAGCUUUAGCAGGCCUGAGCCGUGUGAUGCUGAGUGUUAAAUGCAAGGCUUAUCUGGACCUGUGAGAGUCCUCAGAGUGUUCAGCCCAUUCAGAGCUCCCUGCAGAAGCCCAAAGCAAACAUUCCAGCCAAAACGUUAGUCUGCAGUCUGCCGGAGAUUACUCACUGCCCCAGUCUUCACAAGUCACCUCUGUUCUACCUGCCGGCCUCUGUUUGCUUAUUGUAAAUCAUAAGUGGCACUCUUCCCUUCAGGUUACGGUGGCCAGAGUUUGCAGACAUCUCCGUUAGAAGCUCCCUCUUUCUCUCUCUCUUUUUUUUUUUUUUUUUUUAACCCCCCCUCCCUCAGUGUCCCGUGUCGUUGUCCCAGCCUCCAGCCGGGGAAGAGCCACCCUGCCCCUCUCUGAUUGGACUGGGCUGCUCGGGUAGUCUGUCUUGACGCAGCUCUAAGCGGAGAGCGCCGGAGGACGUGUUUCAACAGAUGGUUCGGGGUUAGCGUGUGUGUGUCAUCACAUCGCCGAGAGAAUUAGAGGAGGAAGGUCGUUCCUCCCGGAGCUGUGUGGUCCCCCCAGUGGCACGAGAAACACGAGGGAAAGAGAGAGAGAGAGAGAGAGAGAGAGAGAGCGCUCACGACAGAAAGAGAGAGAAAGAGAGACAGAGGGAGUCCCGUGCCUUCAUACUUCAGGACAACACUGCACUCCUGUCUUUCAGUUCCCACCAGACCACCUGGUGCCGCAGCAAGCAGGACUUUGAAGUCUGAGAGAACUUGCUGGUGGAUGAACCAGUGGCCUGAGAGUAGCAGUGUUGGUCCCAGUGUGUGGUGUGUGUGCGUGUGUUCGUGGUGAUGAAGCACUUGUGUCUGGGCUGGCUCCUGGCCCUGGGCCUGGCUGCCUCAGUGGCCUCAGGCUUCACCACCCGGAGUCAGAGCCUGAGGGGCAGAGUGCAGCGCGACCGGAGAAACAUCCGCCCCAACAUCAUCCUCAUCAUGACGGACGACCAGGACGUGGAGCUGGGCUCCUUGCAGGUCAUGAACAAAACCCGUAAGAUCAUGGAGGACGGCGGCACCUCCUUCACUAAUGCUUUUGUGACUACGCCAAUGUGCUGCCCAUCCCGAUCAUCCAUGCUGACGGGCAAAUACGUUCACAACCAUAACACGUACACCAACAACGAGAACUGCUCAUCACCGUCGUGGCAGGUCCAGCACGAGCCACGCUCCUUCGCUGUCUACCUCAACAACACUGGAUACAGGACAGCUUUCUUCGGGAAGUACCUCAAUGAAUACAACGGCAGCUACAUUCCUCCUGGGUGGCGCGAGUGGGUGGGGCUCAUCAAAAAUUCCCGCUUCUAUAAUUACACCGUCUGUCGGAACGGUUACAAGGAGAAGCACGGCGCGGAGUAUACCAAGGACUACUUCACGGAUCUCAUCACCAACGACAGCAUCAAUUAUUUCCGCAUGUCUAAGCGGAUGUACCCACACCGGCCAGUGAUGAUGGUGAUCAGCCACGCGGCGCCCCACGGCCCGGAGGACUCGGCACCCCAGUACGCAGAGUUCUUCCCCAACGCUUCACAGCACAUCACACCCAGCUACAACUACGCCCCCAACAUGGACAAGCACUGGAUCAUGCAGUACACCGGCCCCAUGAAGCCCAUCCACAUGGAGUUCACCAACUACCUGCAGAGGAAGAGGCUGCAGACGCUGAUGUCGGUGGAUGACUCUGUGGAAAAGAUAUACAAUGCACUAGUGGAAACAGGUGAGCUGGACAACACCUACAUCAUCUACACAGCAGAUCACGGCUAUCACAUCGGUCAGUUUGGCCUGGUCAAGGGGAAAUCCAUGCCUUAUGACUUUGAUAUUAGAGUGCCUUUCUUUGUGAGGGGGCCGAAUGUGGAGCCUGGAACCAGGAACAACCAUCUUGUUCUAAACAUUGAUCUGGCCCCUACAAUCCUGGAUAUUGCUGGCCUGGACACACCACCUGACAUGGAUGGCAAGUCCAUCAUGAAGCUUUUGGAGCAGGAGAAGACGGGCAACAGGUUUAAACCAAACCGGAAGCCUAAAGUGUGGAGGGACACUUUCCUUGUGGAGAGAGGGAAGAUCCUACGAAAGAAAGAAGAUUCUACAGGCAGCAUGACUCCUCCAAACACCAACAGCCUCCCCAAAUACAAGAAGGUUAAAGAGGCGUGCCAGCAGGCUGAGCUUCAGACAGCCUGCGAACAGCCUGGACAGAAAUGGCACUGCGUGGUGGACAUCACAGGGAAGUGGCGUAUGCAGAAGUGUAAAGGCUCACUAAAGGCCACCUCCAGAAAGAGAGCACGAAGCCUGCGACUGAGAUCCUACGACAGCCGGGAGAAAGAGUGCCGCUGCGGAGAGAGAGGAUACAAGCCAAGUAAAGCAGAACGACGGGAGCACAGGCACGCCUCACAGGGCAGCAGUCAGCGCUACAGGCCCCGUUUCGUGCACACUCGUCCAGCCCGCUCUCUUUCAGUGGAGUUUGAGGGAGAGAUCUAUGCUGUGGAUCUGCAGGCAGACGACAGGGCAGCAACAGAGCCCCGGCCCAUCAGCAAGCGGCAUUACGAACCAGAAGAGUCUUUUGACCCUGAUUUCGGUCUAGAGUCGGAUGAUGGGUCUGAGGAGAUGCUGGCUGAUGAUACGAACGCUGUGGGCUACCCCAGCUCACUUAAAGUCACACACAAGUGCUAUAUCCUGCUGAACGACACCGUGCACUGCGAGAGAGAAAUCUACCAGUCCUCAAAAGCCUGGAAAGAUCACAAGAGCUUUGUGGAUCAGGAGAUCGAGCUGCUCCAGGAUAAGAUGAAGAAGCUGCGUGAGGUACGAGGACAUCUGAAGAGCAGAAAGCCAGACGAGUGUGAUUGUGGAAAGAAGAGCUACUAUAGCAAAGAGAGAGGGCUGAGAAACAAGCCUGAGAGGAUGAAGAGCAGGAACCACCUCCAUUCCUUUAAAGAGCCUGUGCAGGAGGUGGACAGCAAGGUCCAGCUCUAUAACGAGAUCCGCAGAAGGAAGAAAGAGAGAAAGGAGAGGAAGAAGCAGAGGAAGGGAGAUGACUGCAGCCUGCCUGGACUCACCUGCUUCACACACAACAACGACCACUGGCAGACCGCCCCCUUCUGGAACUUGGGAAAUUUCUGUGCCUGCACAAGCUCCAACAACAACACUUACUGGUGUCUGAGGACCAUUAAUGACACCCACAACACGCUGUUCUGCGAGUUUGCUACUGGCUUCCUGGAGUACUUUGAUCUGAACAGUGAUCCUUACCAGUUGACCAAUGCGGUAUAUACAGUGGAGAGAGACAUCCUGAAUCAGCUCCAUCUGCAGCUGAUGGAGAUGAGAAGCUGUCAGGGUCAUAAACAGUGCAACCCCAGGCCAAGAAACCCAGAUGCAGCUCACAGUCAGCAUGGGACGGACGAAAGGGUUAAGCUGCCCAACUUCACGGAGCAGGAGGAUGUGGACUGGCAGGGACUGGUGCGACUUUACAGUGUGAAUGAGAGCCUGUUUGAGCACAGGCGUGACUACAGUCCCAGCUUGGAGGACUGGACCAACUUUGGGAAGGAUGUAGAUAGAAUGUUUGCACUGCUGAGCGAUUUAAAGCAACUCAACCGGACCAAUAAGCUUGACCCCCUGGAUGAGCUGGGCUCCGGGGCAGGGGGUCCAGAGGAGGCCAGUGGAGCCGGGGCCUUAAACCUGGACAUUUGGACCCCUGUAAUCACCACUGGACCUCGAAUAAUGGCCCCUACUGCCCCCAAGGCCAGUGGAGCUAGUGACUGGUCCCCUGUAAUUACCACAGGACCUCAGCUGAUGAGCUCUUCUGCCCCUAAAAUAAUUCUGAAAUCGGCCAAUGAACUUCCAGAGGGACUCCCAACCGAACCCACACCUUACAGGGUCUUCUCUAGGGGGGACACCUGGGCUCAGCAGCUAGAGAAUGAACUAGACGGAGAUGGAAUGACCUUCAGUGGCAACGGCCUAACAGAACUUGAGACCCAUCACCACGAUUUCCUUCAGUCCGGCUCCAGUGGCCUCCAAAGGGCCAAUCUGGAUCCCAGUCAGGCCACUGACCACCACAAAGACAAAGAGGAACAGGAGGAGGAUAUUUUUGAGGCCCAAGGCCUUCUUCCAGUUUCCACAAAGCCGGAAAAGCUCCCAGAGCAAGCUAAGGCACCACCAGCCGAACCUUCACCCCAACCCCUUCUUCUGGUUCAUAUUCACAUGUCCCAGGGCCCUCAGGACCCUCAUCUGGACCCUCAAGACCCUCUGUUUUCAGAGGGCAGUGGCCUGGGCCCUCCUCCUUCCAACACAUCCCUCUGAGAAAGGCCUGCAGGCAAUGCACUGUGAAAGCCAGUCACCCCGAGACAUUGAAAAGCCUUCCAGCUGGGGAGAAUCCUAUUGAAUUCUAAUGUUAUUAUGUUUUAUUUUUUUACAGGUGCUUACAUUUAUUAGAAAUCAGUGUUAUAUGUUUUGUAAGAUAUAUACAUAUAAAAAAAAUCUAUCUAUAUAUAUAUUUAGAGAUCAAGAGCCUUAAUGCAGCUCAAAUGUUGCAGUUAUGUUUUCAGUUUCAAGCAGAGAACGCCAGCAAAAGUAUGUUUUUAAUGUAUUUUAUAAAGAAAAGCAAGUUUUAUCUGGGGAAACCAUUGCACUCUGUCACAAGUGAAGCAGAAUUGUCCCAUUGCUGAAUGUUUUAACGCAUUAACAUGUUUAAGUUUAAACCUUCAAGGCCUUCUUUUUAAAAAAAAAUAUACAUCAUAUUACACACAUACUCUUACACCAAGCUUCAUUCUGGAAAGCCAAACUGAGAAAUAUAUGAAAUGAAACUGGAAAACCUCUUCCUGAGUUUUGGGAUGGUUUCAGUAGUCCUUUGUUUUCAUGGUUGCUCACAUUAAUAUGCAAUUGGUUAGCCAGUAUCUGGCUGACAGUGUUCUUUUUUUUUUUUAUUUAAUUUAGCUUUUUAUCUGCACAGUACUGUUCAUUAUGUUCAUACCUUUGGUUGUUUACAGUAUAUCACUGCUUGUGCACAGUUGCGCAGUCACAUGGGUCACAUGUUGUGUGGUUAAACUGAUUGAUGGUGAUGGUUUUGGCUUCUUUUCUUCGGUUUAAGUAAUAUAGCAACAUUUCACUUUAAAUAGACACACAAAAUGGCACAUUCACUCUCAUCAGAUCAUUCAGAUUUUGUUAAUCAUAAAUGUUUCAUCAUAAAACAGUCAGUCAUCUUUGGCUCUUGUGAAUGUACAGUCCAGAUCACCAAAUCUGCCUUUUGUUUUUAUCUUUUGCCCAACCAUUAUUCAGUGUUUCUAAUCACUGUCCUUUUUUUAGUGUGUGAAUUAUGUGCUGAACUAAAGUUUGUUUGGCUCUGGAUUCAUCAUCCCAAACUGCAGAUAUGAUUUUUUUUCUUUUGUUUUUAUUUGUGGGAGGUGGUAAACAAUUCUGGCUUCUGGAAAGCCAAGAGGCUGUUGCAGAAUAAACAUUUGUCAAACA